UUUUGACUAAUGUCAAAUCAUAAAGGGCCACCUAUUGCAUCUGUUUCUCCAACAAUAGAAAAGGGAGAACAUUGUCACGGUAUAUUAAAAUUUAACUACGAUUCAUCAGCAAUAUCUACAACUACAACCAACAUUCAAGAUACUUCUAUUAUAUUAUGCACUUAUGCAAUACCAUUUCAUUUGUCAAUACCUGAAUUCCUUGAAUUCAUUGCACCAGUAGAUCCCUUUGUUAGCCAUUAUAGAAUUGUUCGUGAUGUAAAUCCAGAUCUAUACAUGGUUUUAAUGAAAUUCAGAGAUCCAUAUUCUGCAAACAAUUAUUAUAAACAAUAUAAUAAUAGAUUAUUCAGUUCUAUGGAACCAGAAAAAUGUAAAGUUAUUUAUAUUGAAGCAAUAGAAAUAAACUCUGUCACUAUACCACCUUAUACAUUCCCUUUUAUACAACAAAUGCCAACUAAAGAAGAAGAAGAAGAAUCCUUACCCAUAUGUCCAGUUUGUUUAGAGCCUAUGAACGAAAAUACUACAGGCCUAUUAACAAUUUUUUGCCAACAUACAUUUCAUUGCCACUGUUUAUCAAAAUGGGGUGAUGGCAGUUGUCCAGUGUGUCGAUAUUCACAAAAAUCUAAAAAACUGUUAUUACCUUCUGAGGUAGAUACAUCUUCAUCAUCUAUUAGCAUACAAAAUAACUCUACAGAACGAAUGAUUGGUGAUCAGGAUGAAGAUAACGAAUGCGCUUUAUGUCAUUCAAAAGAGAGUCUUUGGAUUUGUUUAAUUUGUGGAAAUAUUGGUUGUGGAAGAUAUAUGAAUGCUCAUGCCUACGAGCAUUAUCGACAAACAAAUCAUCUUUAUGCACUUGAGAUUGACACACAGCGUGUAUGGGACUAUGCAGGUGACAACUAUGUUCAACGUCUGAUACAAAAUGCUGUAGAUGGUAAAUUGGUGGAGUUACCGAGUGCUGCAGAUUAUGAUUCAAAUGAGAAUGUAGCAAUACAGGAGAAAUUGGAAGCCAUUUCAAUUGAAUAUAAUUACUUGCUUAGUUCACAAUUAGAUUCUCAGCGUAUUUAUUAUGAAAAUCAAAUAGAUGAGGUUUCAUCACAGUUAUCCGUAUUAGCAUCACAAUCAAAAGCAUUGUUAGAAAAGUUUGAUAAAAUACAAAAUGAAAACAAAUCAUUAGAGAUUUCAAUCGAGCAGAAAGAUAAACUUUUUAGAGAUUUAAUCAGAACAAAACUUGAUUCAGACAGUGAUUUGCAUAUUUGGAAAGAAAGAUUUGAGAAUGCAAAAGACGUAUGGUCAGAAGAAAAAGAGUUGACAAAUUCUUUGUCAGAAAUCAAUAGUCUAUUGCUUAAAAGUAUUGAGGAUAGAGAAAAGGCAAUUGAUGAGUUAAGCGACCAAAUACGCGAUUUGAAUUUCUUUUUGGAAGCCCGUGAAAAGGUUCAGGGACAUCCAGAGUUGGAAGGUGGAAGUGUUGAAACACAUACACGGCAAGUUAAACCUUCAAGACGUAGAGGGAAAAGAUUAUAAUAACUUCAUUACAUAU